AUGAUCGGCCAAGGCAAGAUUCGGCUAGCACGUCUGGCGUAUGUCCAUUAUGAGCAUCAGGAUCUUGAAAAAUUCAAGCAGUUCGCUGGGGACUUUGGCCUGAUCGAAGCACAAUCUACGAACGAUGUAGUUUACUACCGUGGAUAUGGGCAAGAUCCAUUCGCCUACAUCGGUAGUCGUUCUAAGGAUGGAGCCCCCAAUGCUUUCAAGGGAGCUGGUUUUGUUGCCAAAACCCGUCAAGACUACGACAAUGCUUGUGCGCUUCCUGGCGCUACCAUUCGCAAUGCUUCUGAGAGACCUGGCGGAGGCCAUUUGGUCGUUGUUAAAGACCCAAACGGGUACGAAAUGGAGGUUUGCUGGGGACAGACUGAAAAUUCGGUGGCUUCUUGCCCCUUGUCGUCCGCCAUUGGAGAACCAGCCCCAAUGAAUGGAUCCUUUGACAAACCUAGGAAGGGCCAAUUCAUGCGAUUUGCCCAUGGCCCUGCAAUGGUACAUAAGCUCGGUCAUUUUGGCUACAUGACCGACAAUUACGAGGAAACAUGUGCCUGGUACUCUGAGUUGUUCAAUUUCAUCCCCACUGAUAUCCUUCUCUCGCCGGAGGACAAGAGUUUGGAAGUGGCGACUUUCUUCCGUCUCGACGUGGGCAAAGAAUAUGUCGACCACCAUUGUCUGCUGCUGACGCGCGAAACUGGAGGCGGCACAAAGAUACACCACUCUUCCUUUGAGGUAGAAGACAUUGAUACUCAAAUUCUUGGGCAUUACUGGCUUGGUGACCAGGGCUACAAGUCUCUCUGGGGGGUGGGUCGUCACACACAUGGGUCCCAAAUUUUCGAUUAUUGGAGAGACACCAGUAAUUUUAUAGUGGAGCACUACGCAGAUGGAGAUGUUGUUAAUGACGAACUACCUGUGGAUUAUGCCGUGGCUGGCAAUAUGGCAGUCUGGGGUCCAGAGCCACCGAAGGAGUUCACAGCAAAGGCCAGCGCUUGA